AUGUUUGGCCAAAAAUCCAUCACCAUCAACGGUGCAGAGGUCGGCAUAGAGGCCAUCCUGCUCGGUGCCACGACGUCGAUCGGAGGCUUGCUCUUUGGCUACGACAUUGGCCAAAUUUCGGGGAUUCUAUUGUUCGAAGAUUUUAAGAGACGCUUUGCUACUAAACAACCUGACGGGAGCUUUGAGUGGAAGGCUAUCAUCCAGUCACUCCUGGUCUCCCUCAUGAGCAUUGGCUGUCUGUUCGGUGCACUUUCCGGUGCCUACACUUCCGACUGGUGGGGAAGAAGAAGGAGCAUGUCGUUUGGCGUGGCGGUCUUUAUUGUUGGUAGGAUACUUCAGAUUACCGCCAUGCACAGCUGGAUUCAUAUGAUGAUGGGACGAUUCAUCGCCGGCCUCGGUAUUGGCAAUCUAUCUGUCGGUGUCCCCAUGUUCCAAUCCGAGUCGGCCCCGCGCGAAAUUCGAGGUGCAGUUGUGGCUUCAUACCAGCUCAUGAUUACCAUUGGCAUCCUCAGCGCGAAUCUACUCAACUACAGCGUCCGCAGCCUCGAACAAAGCGACGCAUCCUGGCGCAUUGUCAUUGGAAUCGGCAUUUUAAUGUCUGUGCCUCUGGGUCUCGGCAUCAUGUCCGUACCAGAGUCCCCUCGAUGGCUUGCUUCGAAAGGCGACUGGGCAGGGGCACGCUUGUCACUCGCUCGCCUGCGAGGCAAAAAGGACGAUCUUACAAACCCCUUGAUCGAACAAGAUAUUGGCGAGAUGUGGCAGAUUUUGGAGAAAGAGAACCAAGUUGGCCAAGGAUCCUGGCUGGAAUGCUUCUCGACCAAGACUACCACGCCCAAGGUUCUCUACAGGACCCUGCUCGCCAUCGGUAUCCAUUUCUUGCAGCAGUGGUCCGGCAUCAACUUUUUCUUUUACUAUGGCGCCGGCAUCUUUGAAUCGGCUGGUGUUCAAGACCCUAUGCUCACGCAGCUCAUUCUCGGCUCCGUCAAUGUGCUCAUGACCUUCUAUGGACUCUACGUCGUGGAGAGGUUUGGGCGUCGGUGGCCCUUGAUCAUUGGUGCUAUCUGGCAAGCUGUUUGGCUGCUCAUCUUUGCGGCUGUUGGUUUUGUCAAACCCCCGGCUCAACACCCCAAGACUGGAAUCAUCAUGAUUGUAUGCGCCUGUAUGUUUAUUGCGUCAUUCGCUGGAACAUGGGGCCCAAUGGCCUGGGUCGUUAUUGGCGAGACCUUCCCCCUUCGCACCCGCGCAAAGCAAGCCUCUUUGGCCACGGCAGGAAACUGGCUUGGAAAUUUCAUGAUUGGCUUCUUGACACCCCUUGCCACUGAUGGGAUCGGCUACGCAUUCGGCUUUGUCUUUGUCGCCACCAACCUUGCUGCGGCCCUCCUUGUCUAUUUCUUUUUGUACGAGUCCCGCACACUGAGUCUGGAGCAUGUCAAUCUCAUGUAUGGCCAAAGCGAGCUCAAAGCCUGGAGCAGCUCUAACUGGGUGCCUCCGGGCUAUGUCACCAGAAGACUGCGUGCUGGACAGGCAAAUCCUUCAAAACAAGCUGCAAAGGGCAAUGAAGCUGUCUAG